AAUGAUUGAAACAUUCCAGAAUAUAAUCUAUCAAUCCAGUUAAGCUCCUGUAAUUGUGAAUUGUGAUCAGUUGACCAAACUCCGAUAUUGAUCGUAUUCUCGCAACAAUCAACUUUUUCUAAUCUUGAUCUUUUAUCUAUGAACAUCUCGAGAAGAGGUUACUGGUUCACAAUUGUCCAGUCCACCUGUGUCGAUCAUUCCCAAAUUUUGAUUUAUGGUUGAAGGUACAGCCCAGGUAGAUUCGACUGCGUUGCUACACAAACAGUGUCUCCGAAUAUUUACUUUGAGUUUUGUAGUGUAUGUGUUUCGGUGCUCGAAGAUUAGGAAAAAACUUUAGUGCCAAUAAUCUUGAGCGAAGGUUACAAAGGUGCAAUGGCGGACUUUCGGAGUCAAACGGAACUUGUGGAUGAAGUGACACCUUUAAAAAAGAAAUCAACUCAUUGGCGAGGGCUGGUUGCCUAUUGGAUCCUUGGACUAUGCAACAAUUUCGGUUAUGUUGUGAUGCUCACAGCAGCUGACGAUAUUAUCAAAAGUCACUCUGACAGUCAUGACGAGAGGAAAGGUGCAAGAGAUUGUAUACACUUGUCAACUGGGGCUAUUUUGUUAGCUGACAUACUUCCAGCGUUGUUUGUUAAAUUGUUAGCCCCUUUUAUACCAUUUUUUGUUCACGUUCGUGUAGGUCUGUGCAUUAUAGUAGCUGGUGCGGGGUUCCUCAUGGUUGCCUUCAGUGAUAAUAUAACCAUGUCCAUAGCAGGAGUGGUGCUGACAUCCUUCUGCUCUGGUUUAGGGGAAGUGACCUUCUUGCAGUACAGUGCAUUUUAUGACAAGAAUGUUGUAUCUACGUGGAGUUCUGGAACAGGUGGUGCUGGAGUAAUCGGUGCAGCAACAUACACAAUUCUGAACACUUUUGGAAUGAAGAACACAUUAUUGAUCAUGUUGAUUGUUCCAAUAACUAUGGGAAUUUCAUUCUGGAUUAUUCUUCCCCGACCCUCUGAUGAAGACAAGAAAAUGGUGGAAAUCCAAAAGAGAGUUAACUUAGAAGAAGUUGAUAGCCCUUUGAGAAGUUUCUCCAAAAAAGUGAAAAAGAUACCAAGCCUAAUGAAGUUUAUCAUACCUUUAUGUACUGUAUACUUAUUCGAGUACUUCAUAAAUCAAGGAACUUUCGAGUUGAUAAAAAUCAAAAAUGACUUCGUUCAUCCUGAUAAACAGUAUCAUUGGCUUCAAGUGGAUUAUCAGAUUGGAGUAUUUUUGUCUAGGUCAUCUGUGAAUUUAUUCCAUGUCAGACAUAUUUGGGUAUUCUCUUUACUGCAGCUGUUGAAUGUAGUUAUCUUCACAACAGAAGCUAUGUAUUAUUACAUUCCAUACUUUUGGAUUAUUCUGGCUCUCACAUUUUGGGAAGGCCUUUUGGGAGGUGCAGCAUAUGUCAACACAUUUUACAGGAUUUCUGCAGAGUCCAAGGAGGAAGAUAAACAAUUCUCCCUAGCUGCUACCUCAUUCUCAGAUAGUAUUGGGAUCAGCAUGGCUGGAGUUCUUGCUAUAUAUGCUCAUAACAAAAUCUGUGAUAUGCCACUUCCAAGUGGUGCAUAAUAAUGUAUCAGUAUUAUUCGGCAUUCCGAAAAUUGAAUUUCAAACUCGGGACAUUUUUUCCGGUAUAUAUAUUAUAUUCUCUCGUAAUUAGUUAAGAUACGAAAAAUUUGUUUCGAAAAACGAAUUCAAGACUGGAAUAACUCAAUUAAUUUAUUUGUACGAUCGAUUUCUCAUUUUUUUUUAUUCAACUCAACCAGAUAUCUUCGUUCAAGGACUUCAUUGAAGAUUUGGCAUCUUUUCAGAAGUUAUGAGUUCGAUAUAAAACUCAAGAAAUAAUUUCCAGGCAAUGCUCAAGAUUAUGUAUGUCUUAGCAAACUAAUGAACGUAGUAUUUUUUAAUAGGAAUAAAAAAAACUCCAGUCCUAAUUUUAGUGAUUACUAUUAUGAAAUUAUAAAGGUUUCUAUUGUGAAAUAUAUUUUUUUUUAAUAAACAAUCUUUUCAUUAUA